GAAGUAGUGGGCCGUCUCAGUCUAAAGCACCUUUCUGUACAUGUAGCAUGCACACUAGUGUUGCACCUUUCCUCACAUUUGUAAUACACUUCUAGACUGCUAUCACUGCCUGAGCCCUGCCUGUUGUAGGAUGAGUUAUAGAGCUCUAAAAAAAUAGCUGGGAGAGAGAGACCAAUAGGCACUGACACAAGAGAAACAGAACAGCAAGCAAGAAAAGUUUUUAGAACAACUUUUAUUUGCUCUUGCAACUGGAUUUCAGGAAGUGGAUUCAAGUGAGCUGUGUGUGUGCUUGUGUGGGUGUCCUGUACCCUGUAACUAUGAGAGCCACAUAUGUGUUACUUUGCGUGGGUCUGGUCCUUCUUCCUGCUUCAAUCUGUCAGUCCCCUGCUGAACGUGACACUUACACUGAGUGUACAGAUGGCUAUGAGUGGGAUGCACAGACUCAACUCUGUCGAGACAUAAACGAGUGUGAGACUAUACAGGGGGCUUGUCAGGGAGAGAUGAAAUGCUUUAACCACUAUGGUGGUUACCUGUGCCUUCCUCGCUCCGCCUCCGUUAUCACCGCUCCUGAGCCCUCCAGCCAAUCAGAUCCCAUUCUGCCUGUGGAGACUAAUGAGGCUUUUAACCCCUGCCCCGUUGGUUACAGAGCCCAAGAAGAUCGCUGUGUGGACAUUGAUGAGUGUAAAUUGGAUCAACAUGACUGCCAGCCCAGCCAGCAGUGCAUGAACACAUUGGGCACUUACACCUGCCAAUGCCCUGACGGCUACAGCAAGAUUGGCAUAGAGUGUGUAGAUAUUGACGAGUGCAGAUACAGGUACUGUCAGCAUCGCUGUGUGAAUGUGCCUGGAUCUUUCUCUUGUGAGUGUGAGCCUGGGUUCCAGCUGGCGGGCAACAACCGAUCCUGUGUUGAUGUAAAUGAGUGUGAGAUGGGAGCACAUUGUCAGCAAAGGUGUUAUAACACCUAUGGUUCAUUCCUGUGUCGUUGUGAUCAGGGCUAUGACCUGGGACCUGAUGGCUUCUCGUGCAAUGAGAUUGAUGAGUGCAUCUUUUCCAGUUACCUUUGCCAGUUUCAGUGUGUGAACGCGCCUGGAGGAUUCUCUUGUGUGUGUCCAGAUGGCUACGAGCUACAUGGAACACGGCAAUGCCAAGAUGUAAAUGAGUGUGAGACAGGCACUCAUCUGUGUGGAGAGGGACAGGUCUGUGUGAAUAUCCAUGGGGGACAUCAGUGUGUGGACUCCAACCGCUGCCAGGACCCCUACAUGCAGGUCUCAGAGAAUCGCUGUAUAUGUCCUGUGGUGAAGCCAGAGUGUCGCGAUCUGCCCUUCUCCAUUGUGCAUCGAUACAUGAGCAUCACCUCUGAACGUUCUGUUCCCUCGGACAUCUUCCAGAUCCAGGCCACAAGUGUUUACCCUGGAUCCUACAAUACCUUCCGCAUUCGCUCCGGAGAUGACAAUGGAGAAUUCUACAUACGGCAAAUCAACAACAUCAGUGCCAUGUUGGUUCUGGCCCAAGCAGUGACUGGACCCAAAGAGUACAUCCUUGAUCUGGAGAUGGUGUCUGUCAAUCCUCUCAUGAACCACCAGACCAGCUCAGUUCUGCGUCUCACCGUUUAUGUUGGGCAUUAUGCUUUCUGAGGAGAGAUAAACUUCGAGAGAUAAAUGUAGGGUAAACACUGAAUGACAGUAGAUUUUUUUAUUCAGUCUAGUUCUGCUUUUGUGGCUGCUUUGAUGUAUUGAAAAUUGGCAACACAGUUCCAGAAUUUACCAACCAAUGAUGUGAAAUCAUCUCUUUGUUUGUGGCUAACUUUGGCCUGUGAGUGUGGGCCUAUUUUGGGAAGUGCUAUAGCAUCUGAACACUCGUUCCUCUCACUUUGUCACUGCAGACUUAUUCUCACACAUACUGUACAUGCAGCACACACACACACACGGUGAGAUUAAUCUACAUGUUACAAAUAUUUAAGGUUCAGAAAGAUAAAUCAGGAUAUUACAUGUAAGAUAUCAUUUCUUUUUUGAAGUACCAGUUUUAUUGUUUAAAGUGUAUUUAUGAUUAUCUAACCUACAUGGAGAAACAUGAUACAAUUUUUCAACAUACGCAUCCAAAGAACUUUUAUAACUACAAAUCCAGCUCUCCACGAAUCCUAAAUGUCACAAAAAUGUUCUGAACAGUUUUGUUUUAUUUUUAUUUUUGGCAUAAAUAACUACAGUAGAUUGUGAAAAAAGUUCAUAUUAAAGUACAUAAAUUAAAGAUCAAA